CUGUAAUGCCAGAGGAGGAAAAAGAAGAAGAAGAACGCGCGCUGUUCAAAAUUAGUUUCCGGUUUUGUUUUUCUUUUUUUUUUCUCUCCAGUCAGCUUCGGACGUUAUAUUCAGGACAUGGAGGGGUCUUAUAUGAGUGUAGCGAAGACUCCGCACGGCAGUGUUGUAAAGAGGAGAAGCAAAAGUCAGAUCUACCAGCAGUCAAUCCGCAGCUGCUUCAGCGUUGCAUCAAGGCUCGGCCUGACUCCGGGGCAAACCAAAAUGAGACUUAACACCAGCAGGAAAGCGCCAAAGUCCCAAAAUAUCACUGAUAAGGUGAAUCCAGAGCACCUGGCCUUGAUGAUAAAAACAGAGUGGCAGCUUUCCUAUGUCACUCCUCUCUACCAGUUCAGACACACCCAGCUAAAGAGUUACGCACGGCAGCUCUCUGCAUUCAUUGCUGCAGAAAAGCAGCAAGGCCUGGCAGUGGAGGUGGGGGCGCAGCAGAACACCUUCAAAGUCUCCAUCUCUGUGCUGGAGGGGCUUGCAGAGACGAAUGACGACCCUGAGACUGUCCUCAUUCAGGUACAGUCAAAGCCUUUGUUUGCAAGGCAGGAUGAUCCACAGAAGACAGUUUGGAGCGGGUGGCUGUCCUGCAUCAACAGUAACCCAGAAUACCUGCGCUCGCUUUCGAAGGAUUUCACGUGUCUUCCUCUGUUUGGCUGCAAAGGGGCCGAGGGUUUCACCUCUUUGGUUAAAGAUUGGUUGCAGAGGACCUUUGACUGUUGCUUUGGCCUCCUGGAAAUCAGUCAAACCAGUUUGCAGUGGCUUGCUGCAUUAUGGACCAACUGCCACAUGGAAUCCAACGUCCAGAGCUUGAAAAUGCAUUGGGCUCUCCCAGUGGUGCCACCGCUACAUGUGACUUACACAGUCAGCGCCGACGAUGCGUUGGAUCUGUGGAACAGCGUGAGGAAGAAUUCACCGGAGAAAAGCAAGAGAGCGGACGAGGAGGAAUGCGUUGAUAUCGAGGAGGUCACGAGGUUCAUGCAGGGACUCAUGAGCCAUUUUUACAGACACUUCAGAGUGGACCUUUCAGCUGGGGACCUGACCCAAGUGUCAACCGCCCUGGGCUCAGCCAAACGCAGCGGCAGGAUAAAGAUUUCCAAUAGCAGAUAUCUAAUUAACACCCUGAGUCUACUGACAGAAAUUGCCUUUCUCAAAAUGCCCAUCUGACUACGAUACAUGGACAGACCUUUAUUGACCACAAGGAUCCGUUUACUUUAACCUUCACCACCAGAAAAUACAGACUCUACUUGUGUUUUUUUUUUUGUUUUUUUUUUUUAUUGCAAAUAUAAAUAAAAUCAAACGAUUCUUUUUUCCUUUUAGUUUUUUUGUUUCCGACCUGCACCUUCAGAAGAAUUAAGUUAGCUCAUAAUUAUGACGAGUGACGAGGAACCAUCCUGGUGUUCCACAGAUACGUCUUUAGCUGUCAAAGCUUCCUUAGUUCCCCACCUUGUAAAUGAGGAGAUUUGUGUUCUAGUUUGUGUAUUUCUGUGUUUUGUUGGUAUACAUAAAAGGAAAUAAGGAUUG